GUUUAAGCAAAAUGGCGACUUUUCCGACAGCUUUCAAACCGAGACAUUUACAAAAACUAAACCUUUGCUCUCGAAAAAUGAAGAUAUUUCACUCUAUUUUCUUGUGUAGUGUGGCGUCCCUCCUCAGUUCACCUGUCUGUGUUUGCAGCUCAGCGUCGACAGGAGCAUUUCAGACCAAAUGUCUUGAGCGUCACUUUCUGCUUUCUGUGAAGUCCAGCAUCCUUGGUGUAAAGACCCGUUUUGACUUUGAAGACCAGCAUGGACUCCACUUCCUCUCAGAUCAGGAGGCCUCGCUCUGUGGUUACACCGUCUUAAUCGAUGACGUUGGAGACCUGGUGUUUCGGGCCUCCUUCCUGGCCUGUCAUGUCCAAAGCAAGACAGACACAGAUUAUUGGCUGCGUUUAUGGUUUGUGAACAUGCAACCUGAUGGGAAGAUUGCGGUGCAUCCUUUCCAGCUCCACUGUUCACUCCAGGGUCGGUGGAGCACCAGAGAGAUCAUCUGUGAGGAAAACUACAUGGAGGUCUCAAUCCAGCAGCCUAUUCUGCCUUUUCCAUCCAAAAAGGAGAAGCAGCAGGGAGCUAUUGAGGCAGACCUGGCCGUGAUAUUUCACAGAGCGGACCAGCCUCCAGAGGAAGCGACGGUCCUGUCACACACAGAAGCUGCUGCUCUGGGUUACCAUGUCUCACUGCACGGCUCACACCUCACCUUCCGCUCUCCCUACUCCUCCCCCCUCUCAUACUUUCUCCAGGAGAGAGGAGCAGAUUUAGAAGUUGUCAAAGCAACAAUCCUGUACCGACUUCAGAGCAACUUCCAGGCUGUUGACAUCACUGUUGUCUGUCCUCUGAAUGAAGCUACGGCUGAUGGGUCUCACCUGCUGUGGAUGGUCCCGUAUAAUCUGUCUCUGUUAGUCCACGGUCCGUUCAGGGACAGAGGCGUGAGGAUCAUUGUGAACAGCCAGGCUCUGAAUGAGUCUGACUUUCAAGAGAGGGGAUUUAAGAUGGGUCUGCAGGAGGGGAGAGUGGAGCUAGGGAUCCCUUUAGGAACCCAUGGAGGACACAUCAAGAGUGGUGUUUUUAGAGGACAGUACAGCCAGUCCAUGUCAGUGGAUCUGUUCUUCAAGAGUCAGUGGGAGGACGAGCGCUGGCCUCUCACACGGCACUGCUCCUUCAGGCUCCUCAAGACCCCUCUAAUCCCACAAAUCCCUUUUUUCACUCAAAAAUCAGCCUCCUCUGAGGGAUUGCUUGCCAUCGCUUUAGGCGUCUUUGCAGCUGACAUCUCCCUCCAGAAAGUGACAGUCGAUGGCGGAGGCGACCUUUUAACCUGGACCCACAGCAACAAAACACAAAGCAAAGCAGACAUCAGUGUGUCCAAAUUCUCCCACCCCAAUGGGAGCCACUCCUACCAGCUGUAUUUUCCGCUGUCACACCCCAAAAUAAUCCCAGAGUAUAUAGGUGGAGGAUUUGAGACAUACGGCCUCUCAUUCACGUUCACUCUAAUGAUCCUACCCAGUGGAGAUGUCUUUUACCAUCAGGCCACCAUAGAGCAAAGUCUUGAACAUAGAGCUCCAGCUUCUCCCAAGCUUGAGGGGAAGUGCACAGAAAGCAGCCUGCUGGUGCUGCUGCACCACGGGGAACAGUCUGAGCUGCAAUGGGAGCUUUAUGUCGGAGCCCGGAAGCUGGACUGGGACCUGGUGGAGAUGGGUGGACUUGUUAUGGAUGCAGAGGAGGACUACUUGAUCGUGGAGUUCCCUCUUCACAGCCCUAUGAUGAACUUUUUGAAGCUGACGUUGCAGGGUCUUGUCUCUGGAGUGGAAAUAUCUGUAGUGGAUGCAGAGUCCCUGAAAGUGAAGGACCGCCUCAUCCAUAGAUGUACCUUCCCUAUUAGAGAAAUGCUGUUAUGUUUGCCAGAAGGGAGAAUGGUGGCAAUAGUCGACACCACCCACACAAUCCCCCCCAUUUACCCCAACAGAACCGCCCUAUUAGACUCGAGCUGUGUUCCUAUGGAGACAGACAGCUCCAGAGCUCUGUUCAGCUUCAGCCUGGACUCCUGUGGGACGACUGUAACUACUGAGGGAAAUUUCCUCGUCUAUGAAAAUCAGAUCAGUUACCCUCAGGCUUUUCUGCCUUUGGAGGAUCCUCUCAUACACAGAGAUUCUCCAUACAGGCUGACGGUUCAGUGUCGCUAUCCGGUAAAUGAAAGUCGCACUGUGGCUUUUCAUCACCUUUUGAACUCCUCCCUGGAUUUGUCACCAGCUCCAGUCAAACACACACACAAGGAGGCAGAAAACACAGUGUGGAUCUCAUGGACAUUUGUAUCUUUGCUGCUUCUCCUUACACUGUGUACUUGGAGUUUCUACAAACGUUGCUUGACUAUUGAAUAAAGAAAUGCUUUGUUUGUUGUGAACUA